CAGGCGAAGGUGCUCCAAAGUUUGAACCACGCGGGCAUCGUGGCCUACCACGAUGUGUUUCUUCAUCAAGACGACAAAGCAUUGGUGAUUUGCACCCUUAUGUACUGCGAGAGAGGGGAUCUUGCCUGCUACCUGAAUGACGUUAAGAGCAAAAAUCAUGCUCUGGAAGAGAAGCUCGUGCUACGUUGGACAUACGAGAUGGCAACAGCACUUGACUACAUACACAACAAAAAGGUUGUUCACAGGGACAUUAAGCCAUUGAACGUGUUCAUGACCAAAGGAGACAACCUCAAGAUUGGAGACUUUGGGCUUGCAUCAAACACGGGUCAUGAUAGAGCGCAAUCGCAGGUUGGAACCCCAUGCUACUUGGCCCCUGAAGUCUUACAAAGUGAAGAGUACGGAACUGCUGUGGAUAUAUGGGGCAUAGGGUGA